UAAUUACACUUUUGUUUUGUUUUUUGAUCACUAACACCAAACUCUACUCUUGUUUUGUAGAAACUACACACCUGGCAUCCCUCAGUGACAGGUGUUGUUGAAGCUAAAUUCUACAAGAUUUGUCAGGUGCGGAUGAAAGACAUGGUUAGCAAGGCAUGUUCAAAACGAGAGAGGCCAAAUUGGAUCGAGAAAACACUUUGGAUAGAGAUGUGUGCCUAUUGGGACACUGAAGAAGCAUUAGCAAAGAGUUCAACCACAUCAGCAGCUAGGAUGUCUGACCGUAAUGGUCUUGGUCCUCACAAGCAUGUUGCUGGUCCAAAGUCGUUUUUACAAAUAGAGCAAGAGAUGGAAGUUGAAUUGGGAAGACCUCCUACUAUUGGUGAAGUUUUCAUCAGGACUCAUACCAAGAAGGAUGGGACUUUUGUGGAUAGGAAGGCGCAGGAAGUCCAUGAAACAUAUCUCAAGAACAAGGCAGCUAAGUUGGCUGCCCUUCAAGAGAAUGAUGAACAAGCAGAUGGGACUUCGCGACGAUCUGAGCUGUCUCAAGAGGAGGAUGAUGAGAUCUUCCUUCAGUCUACUGUCACAAACGACAGAGGAGAAUACUUUGGUGUUGGCAGCCUCGGGGUUUACAUCAACGGGAAGCGUAAGUACCCAGGAAGCAGUUCUUCUUUCACAACACUCCAAUCACAGCUUGAGGAUGCUAACCGGAAGGUAGAGGAACAAGCAGCGCUCCAAGCAGAACGUGAAGCAGAGGCUUUGCGGGUCGCAGCUGAGAUCAAGCAUUUGGCGAUAGUGAAGAAGUAUUUGAGCGAGACUGACCCAAAGUUUAUGGCCUUCCUCAAUUGUUUGGUUACUUGA